CCCAUUCUCACUUAUGAGUCAUGACAAUUAAUUCAUCACUCCCGUUGACCCAACUGAGCAACACAACCACACCAUCCAGUGCACAACCAUGCAGCCUGCGACAGACGGUGACAGUGUGUGGAUGUGUGUGUACCGUCUAAUUCUUCAAAGACGUGGACAGGGCGAUCAUCAAAGGCGACGGCUGUGAAUGUGUGUGUACCGUCUGUUUCUUCAGAGACGUGGACAGGGCGAUCAUCAAAGGCGACGGCUUCUUCCCGGAUGUUGAUGCUGCUGAGCCAAAGAAAUGAACGACAGACAGACAAGGAAGGUGUUUAGGUCUUGUGAGUGAAGGGCUCCUCCCAUCCCGCCCCCGUUUCUCACCCGUUGGCUUUAAUGCCGCAUGUCGAAUGGCCAGCGCCAGUGGGGAGAGCCUCUUCUGGGGCCGGAUGACGGCACCUGAGGAAGGAAGAGAGGAACGAACAAAUGGAGGAAGGAAAAGGCAGAUGGCAAUGGAUGGGAUGAAUGCAGCAACGCGUCCGAGACUGACCCAAACACACCAGAUAGUACCUAACAAAUGGAACCAAAAUGACACAUUUGCCGCUCUCUCUCUCUCCCUCUCUCCCUCCCUCUGUGUGUGUGUGUCCGCCCGUGCGAUCGGAAAGGUACAUACAUGACAACGCCGGCUGCCCAAAUGUCCGAUUUCACGGAAAAGUUCUCGACGAACUCGUGGCACUCAGGGGCCUGCACGCAUAGAGAGGAGGGAGAGACAUCAGGGGGGCGACAGGUGGAUUGGUGUCCUCUUAAUGUAUGCAUGCAUGUGUCAGUCAUGUGGUUGGACAAGUUACAAUGUACAUUUUUGACCCCGGCAUAAAGCGGCGGUCGUCUGGUUGGGUGAUGAAAUGGCAGAAGUCCAGGUCCACCAUCUUGAGCACUUUAUGGCGUCGGUCGCUGAAGACGAAGGUCUCCAGCUGGAUUGCGCGGUGGAUUGCCUGUUUGCGCGAGUAAGUGAACAAACAGGCAGACAGGCACAUGUGCAGGUGUGUACAAAAGUGCAGUUAUCAUGGCUGACCCCUUUGUCAUGAAGGUGUUGAAGUGCAAGAAGGAGUUGCCGCAUGAAGGCCUUGAUCUCGUCCUCCGAUAAGCCCCCUGAUAAGUGAGCACCCGAGGAUUUGAGGUAUUCUCUUAGGUUCGGGCCAGACAGCUUCUCAGACACUGCAGCCAGCCAGCCAGCCAGCCAGCAGGAAUGAAUGAGCAAAACGACCAGCCAGGGAUGAAUGAGCGAAAGAUAUCUUCUGCACGUUGGUCAAGAGUGAUUGACGACUUACCAACGUAGAUAUGUUCCUUGUCUUGGCAUAUGUCCAGAGGAUUGGCCACGUUAUGGUGUGGCUGCUUCAUGAGGUGGCACUGGACCUGUUUGUAGUAUUGAGGGCUGACACGAAGGCUGACAAAUGAUAAAUAUAUACGCACAGGAAUGACAGACACCAAUUGUAUACGGAUAGGAGAAAGAGAGCACUCAGAUCUCUUACUGAAGCGCCUCCUUCUCGAUCUCCUUGAGGGAGCACUCUUGGUUGGUUUCAGCAACGGUGGCGUCGUAUGUGGCGGAGUAUCUGCAGCGAUGAAGAUGACCGACAAAGAGAUGGAUUCAUUCAUCAUUGGCCAUCCAUUACCCGUCUGAAUGUCCUGCCUCCCUCUUGUCCGUACCUGUUUCCGCCGGUCUUAUCCCCGCGAGAGUACUCAGCUUUGAUGUCAUUGAUGUGGCGCCACACCGUCCGAGGCGUUUUCUCGUGCAUGGCCUUGGCCAGACCCUCUCCCUCUCCCCCACCACCUCGACCAUGACAAUGUCCUUGCGCAUGCGGUGGAUGUCUGUGGUUGCUCUCGGUGGUGGUGGUGCUGCUGCUGGUCUUCCGCUCUCGGUGGUGCUUGGUGCCUACUGGCGCCCUCAGAGAGGUGAAUUCGGGUUGCGUAGUCGAAGGGGGAAGCGGGGGGUGAAGACGAGGGCUUGGGGAAGCGGCGCUGUGUACUGACUGGGGAGGUGGCUCGUGUGUGGUCGGGCCUUCGUCGUUGGGGCUGAGCAGAAAGCUCAGGGCGGCCGAGUCGCUGGGGUGGGGGGAAUCAUCCAUGCCCGCUCACCGGCGACCACGUGUUCAGCACGUACGAUGGUGACGAGGGGCAGAUCCG